AUGGCCCAUGGGGACUAUUCCGAGGCGACGCCUCUCAUCAACACAGCGACGAGGACAGACAUUCCUGACGGAACCGGCGAUGAUCAGUUGGCCACUACAGGCCGAAAGCGGGCCGUGCAAGCUCUGAAACGCGCGAGGACGAGAUUAUAUCCCGACGCCCCGGUCGGACAGACAGGCAUUGACAAAGUUUGUCAAGAAAUUGAAGAAGGCGAGAAAAGCUCUAACCGUUUUUUCUGGAUUGCCUCGUUCUUCAUCCUCAAUCACAUUAUUGGGGGGGCUGUCACGCUCCACUUUUUGGAGGGAUGGUCGUUUUACGAUUGCUUUUACUUCUGUAUUGUGACGACCACAACCGUCGGGUACGGUGAUAUCACACCGAAGAGCUCGGUAGCUAAGCUGUAUGUUAUUUAUUAUGUCAUCGUAUCCAUUGGGUUGGUGUCGACGAUGCUUUCAUAUCUCAUUGGGUUACUCCUCGACCGGCAGGAAGAGGUUCUACUUGCCGCUAUCGUCAGAGAUCGUGACGAGGACCCAGUCUCAGAGAUGCGCACAGCGGAUGGUUCCGUCGACGUCGAAGAGCCGCCCUCCACCGCCAGCAUUAAUGAACGCAUUAUGAAUGCAACAAAAAGCUUGGACAUUUCCGACUACUGCGGCCUCGGGUUCGCAGUUGGGUUCCUCGGCCUUGCGUUGGCGGUUGGAAUGUUGGUUUUUAUGGGACUCGAAAACCUCGCACCAAUUGAUGCGGCCUAUGCGACGAUCAUUUCGGCGUCCACAGUUGGAUUCGGAGACUAUGAACCCACAAGAAACAGUACCAAAGUGAUCAUGACAGUGUGGCUGUGCUUCUCUACCAUUGCAGUUGGUAAGCUCGUUGCAGACUUCACGGACGCCAACGUGAAAGCAAAACAAAGAGACGUGAGUCGUCGCCUUCUGACUGCGACAAUGAACGUGGAGAGCAUUCGCAAUUUAGACAUGGACAAGGAUGGCUCUGUCGACAAGUGCGAGUUUCUUACCCAAAUGCUCGUGCGCAGCGGAAAGGUGGAACAGAAGGACCUCGACGCGAUUUUACUCCGCUUUGAUCAACUUGACAAAAAUAGCAAUGGAGAACUGUCCGCAGCGGAUUUGGAGACAUCAUGAUCUACAGGGUUUAGGUCACACCGAAAGGAAUGGAAUGGAGGAUAUAUCUGCUUGUAUGCAAUAAAAUGAAAAACGGAAGGUGACAGAGCAUUUGAAGUAGCAUUGAGGCCUUUUUCCGAGAUUUGUCGAAAGCAUUGGUUUCGUUGGGACGUAGGGCCAAUAUCUUGGUCGAGUGGCAAAGGCAGUUAUAAGUCUGAUUCAAAGAGAAAGGAGCCAGCUCAGUCGUGGACACUGCGACCCGUGACCGGUAGCCCGUGCUCAGGUGACAAAUCAAAACAAGACGAGUAUCUCGUUUCUCAGAUACCCAGACGACGUUCUGUUCUAUUUCUUUUUCCGCUCUUCCGCCGUCCUUCGAUACACUUCAUAACGCAGAUUGAUGAACUGGUAUUACGAGUUGGACGGGAUGAAAGGCAGACGGGGUGGUAAGACGCGUUGAAGCAUGGGGAAGAUUGAGACUGACGUGGAACAUAAUGGUGUAACCAUGCCUGUGGGCAAAGAACUGACCAGUACAAGGCAGCUUUUGGUCAUGGGGAUUAAGACCGACAAGUGUAAGCAGGGUGCACUAUCGAAAUGAAAAAGAAUGAGGAGAGUUGUCGUUGUCCAACCGAACGUCUGACAUGAUGCAAGCGAAGCAGAAUUGCAACGGGUUAUGAUCGAGACACGUCGGAAAGUAACAACGAAAGUCCAAAAUCUGACACAAUACCUUUCAAAAAUUGCGCUUCCCAAAAAAAAAAAAAAAAACCCGCGUGUGCGAUCCGCCUGCGCGCCA